AUGCAGUUCACCGCUAUCAUUGCAGCCCUGUUCGCGACCGUCGCCGUCGCCGCCCCGGCCAUUGAGGACCGCCAGGCCUACGUGCCCUGCACCGGCCUUUACGGCACAUCGCAAUGCUGCGCUACAGACGUUCUAGGUGUUGCGGAUCUUGACUGCGCCAACCCUCCCAGCGUCCCAACUGACGCCGCAAACUUUAUGGCCGUCUGCUCUGAUAUCGGCCAGCGCGCGCGAUGCUGUGUCCUCCCCAUUCUUGGACAGGAUAUUCUCUGCCAGACACCCGUUGGCGUCCUCGACUAA